AUGUUUAAACUCGGCGUUAUCGGCGACGAAGUUUCGCAAGACUUCGCCACCGUUGUCAAUUUUGUAAAAGAAUUCAACCUACACUCCAUCGAAAUUCGCUCUGUCUGGGACAAACUCCCGCAUGAACUCACCGAUACCGACAUCGACGAGAUAAAACGCUUGCUUGAUGGCACCGACAUCAAGAUUAUUGGUAUCGCAUCUCCGUUCUUUAAAUGCGAUAUCGGCAACGCGGCAGAACGGAAAGAGCAUCUCGAUAUACUCAAAGGGUGCAUCCGGACAGCAAAGGCGUUUGAUACAAAUCUCAUCCGUACUUUUGUCUUCUGGGACACCGGUGAAACCGAGGAACGAUGGGAUGAGAUUAUCGCCUCCUACGAUGAACCGCGCAGAAUGAUAGACGGUGAAGGCAUCGUCCUCGGCAUGGAAAACGAAUCCACCACCUCGCUCCGUACCGCCAAACUUACAGCGGAAUUUAUCGAGCAGAUUGACGCUCCGAAUAUCCGCGGUAUCUGGGAUCCUGCCAAUGAGGCACACGCAAAGGGUGGCGAGACCCCGUAUCCCGAUGCAUACAAUCGCAUGAAACCGACGAUGAUCCACGCACAUCUCAAGGACGCAGGUCCGAACCCUGAUACCGGCGAGAUAGAAUCCGUUCCGGUCGGUGCCGGCAUCAUUGACUGGCAAGGGCAGUUGCAAGCCCUCGUUGACGACGGUUACGAAGGGCACCUCUGCCUUGAAACGCAUUGGCGAUCCUCACUGAAAAUUGACGAGGCUAUCCUCAACCGUCCCGCAGGCCAAGCCUUUUCUGAGGCUGGUGAGGAAGCCUCACGUAUCUGUAUCGAAAAUUUAUUGACGAUGAUUGAGAACUUAAAGCAAUAG